AUGUUUCAGAUUCUUCUGCUUCUAGGAUCUCUUUCGCUUCAUAAACAAGCAUCACUAGCUGCUCCUCUGGGAAAGGGCAAUUGCACCCUAACAUGUGGUGGCGUCGCCAUUCCCUUCCCCUUCGGGAUUGGAACCGGGUGUUUCCAGGACGAGUGGUACGAGAUCGUCUGCCAGGAAAGCAGCAAUGGUACCGUCCCAAUACUGAAAAAGCCCAACUUGAGGGUGCUCAACAUUUCACUACCCGAUUCCUAUCGCAAAACAAUCGGCAUGGUCAACAUCGUUCUUCCUAUAAUCUACUCGCCCAAUAUGAGCUGCGGGGGCAAAGGAAGCUUCACUUCUGUGAGCUUGAAAGGAAGCCAAUUCGUUUUUUCCCAGUCGAGGAACGUCUUUGCAGCUGUUGGUUGCAACAUAUCUGCUCUGAUAAGGGACACGAAGUCCGUUAUCAAAGGAUGCCAGUCCAGUUGCGAAGCAGACGACAACGUUGUUAGGAUGACUUGUUCGGGCAGCGAUGGAUGCUGCCAAACCACAAUUCCCUCGAAUCUUCAUGAUUUCACCGUCACUUUCCAGGCUGAGGAAAAAACAGCAGAAGACAAUGGAUGCAAUUACGCCUUCUUUGGAGAUAGGUCGCAGUUUAUACCUUCAGCUAUGGACUUCAAUGAGUUGAGGGCAAGCGGGCAAUAUGCAGCAGUGGUAGAAUGGGGGAUAGCUAAUUCCUCAGGAACAGAGGUUUACGAACAAAACUUCAUCUCUGGUAUUGGAGCAGGCCUAGGGGCACUAACCUUGCUUCAAUUGUUAUGGCUGUCGCCCAAGCUCAUGAAGUUUAGGAAAGAAAUCAAACUCAAAGAGAGGAACUUCAAACAGAAUGGGGGUCUCUUGUUGCAGCAACAACUGUGUUUGUCCAAGAGCAAUGUUGACAAGGGCAAAUUGUUCAGUUCAAGGGAUUUGGAGAAGGCCACCGACAAUUUCAACAAGAACAGAAUACUGGGCCAUGGUGGGCAAGGAACCGUCUACAAGGGGAUGCUUGCAGAUGGAGGAAUUGUCGCCAUUAAGAAGUUGGAGGUGAUCAAUAUGGAAAAAGUCGAACAGUUCAUCAACGAGAUUGCCAUUCUCUUGCAGAUCGACCACAGGAACAUUAUUAAGCUAUUGGGGUGCUGCUUGGAAACAGAGUCACCACUUUUGGUGUAUGAAUUCAUAUCGAAUGGAACUCUUUUCCGGUAUUUACAUGACAAUAUGGUAACGUGGGAUAUGCGCCUUCAAAUUGCUACUGAAGUGGCAAGAGCCAUGUCAUGUCUACAUUCUUCAGCAUCAAUCUUGACCUAUCAUUGGGGCAUCAAAUCUACUAAUAUUCUCUUGGAUGACAAGUACUGCGCAAAAGUGGCUGCCUUUGCAACUUCCAAGUCGGUUUUGGUCAACAAAACUGAUGCGACUAGAAGAGUCCAAGGGACGUUUGGAUACUUGGAUCCUGAGUAUCUUCAAUCAGAUCAGUUCACAGAUAAGAGCGAUAUGUACAGCUUUGGUUUGAUCCUUGUCGAACUCUUGACGGGACAAGAGCCAAUGGCAUUUCUUGGACAUGACAAGGAGAUAAACCUUGCAAGCUAUUUUCUCCUCUUGAUGAACGAGAACCGCCUAAUCGACACGGUGGACACUCGAGUUUUGAAGCAAGGUGAGAAAGAAGGGAUUGUCGCCUUUGCUAACCUUGCGAGAAGGUGCUUGAAGUCACAUGGGAAGAUGCAACCUACAAUGAAAGAAGUGGCAAUUGAACUGGAUAGAAUUAGAAUGCUGGAAAACCCUGCCACCAAGCAUGGACGUACCCAAGAGAAGAGUAAGAAGCACGCAUUUGAAGUCUGA